AUGAUAGUGGUGGAGGAAUCUCCAAACAACACAAUCAUCGGUGACUUGAUAACUAAACUGCCUAAUUCAUUAAAAAAUAAUGUUAACCAAUUACGUUUCCGUGUCAUUACUAGUGAAUACUCAAAAUACUUCUCUGUUAAUGUAACAACUGGCCUAAUACGAGUUAAUCAGCGAUUAGACCGAGAAAGCAUUUGUUCAAAAACAGAAACAAUGUAUUCUACUUCUUCUAGUAGUUAUGAUAUUCUGCAAAGCCUUGACUUUUUGUGCCAGAUAACAUUCAAUGUCAAUAUUUUGCGUGUUUUGAAUUCCGGUGUUGAUAUAGUCGACAUGAUACAUCUAAUUAUUGAAAUUAAAGAUGUUAAUGAUAAUGUAUGCCAAUUCCUGCCGACAAAUAAACAGGAUAUUUAUGUGGUGGAGAAUUUAUUCGAUCAAACCGAUGUAAUCAAAGUACCUGUUAAUCAGUUAACUGAUUUAGAUACAGGUCCUAGAAAUGGAAUUCAUCCAUCUAGCAUUCAGCUGAAAUUUGAUCAGUUGUCCAAUGUUUCAAUGGGUGAAAUUUUCGGCUUAAUGAUAUCGAAUACAAGUUCACAAGUUUCUCCGUAUUCAAUUAACCUUCUGAUUAAACAACCAUUAGAUUAUGAAAAAGUUCAAAAUUUUAAAAUGACUGUCGUCGCCAGCAGUUUAGCACCCACGAUAUCAUCUAUUGUUAACAGUAUAAACAAUAAAUUGGAAUAUGAAAAAGACUUAAAAAUAAAUACGGAAAAUGAUCAGUGUUCUUUAGAUAUAACAGUACAUGUUAUCGAUGUGAAUGAUCAUCCUCCAACAUUUCUUGAAAGAACUGCAUACCUAUCUAUUAUGGAAAAUACUGAAAAGUACACAUCAAUUUAUACACCUAAAGCACAUGAUUUAGAUGCAGGACCAAUACACAGUCAAUUAAUAUUUGAAUUGAACUCUAUGAAUUCUCCUUAUAUCUUUUCAAAUUUUUAUGUUAACUGGCAUAAUGGUUCUGUAUUUUUAAAACAGACACUGAAUUAUAAAGAAAGGUCAAAAUUUAAAAUUUUGCUAACUGUAAGAAAUCCGAGAUUGGAGGAGAUUGUUAAUAACUCCCUGAAUAGUAAUAAUGAUAACAAUAAUAGUAAUAAUAAUAAUUUAAAUCAAUAUUCUGGAGACAUUACUACUACAAAUCACUAUUAA